GAGGUUCGGUCCGUUUGCGGUGCGGUUUUGAGCCCGGGGUCGCCGUUAAAUCGGUAAAACGGAGCGCGGCAGUGAGACCUACUUUGAGAGGCGGAGCUCGCCGCGGCUCUAUUCGGCGAGGCGCGUUCGUAAUGAAAAGAGCGCGUGAGCGGCGCUCGGCGGUGACUUCCUCGCUCCUCGGCAGCUACAUUGUUGGAGAAGCAGCACGUUGUUGGCUUCUGCACGCUGAACUUUACGCCGAAGCUACGUUCUCCUGCCCGGGGAGAAACCGCAUCCACAGCCACCAGCUACACCCUCGGACGUCCGUGAGUUACCGCAGUUUGCGAAAACAUGUCGGCCUCGGCGGCAAAAGUGAGUAAAAAGGAGCUGAACUCGAACCAUGACGGAGCGGACGAGACCUCCGAGAAAGAGCAACAAGAAGCAAUUGAACACAUUGAUGAAGUUCAAAAUGAAAUUGACAGGUUGAAUGAGCAAGCCAGUGAGGAGAUCCUCAAAGUCGAACAGAAAUACAACAAACUCCGUCAGCCGUUCUUUCAGAAGAGGUCAGAACUGAUCGCCAAAAUCCCCAACUUCUGGGUCACCACGUUUGUCAACCAUCCACAAGUAUCUGCCCUACUGGGGGAGGAGGAUGAAGAAGCGCUUCAUUACCUGAGCCGGGUGGAGGUGACAGAGUUUGAAGACAUCAAGUCGGGCUACAGAAUAGAUUUUUAUUUCGACGAAAAUCCGUACUUCGAAAACAAAGUACUUUCCAAAGAGUUCCAUCUGAACGAGAGCGGAGACCCAUCUUCAAAGUCAACAGAAAUCAAAUGGAAAUCAGGAAAGGACCUGACCAAGCGCUCCAGCCAGACACACAACAAAGCAGGAAGGAAGAGGCAACAUGAAGAACCAGAGAGCUUCUUCACCUGGUUCACCGAUCACGCUGACGCCGGCGCCGACGAGCUCGGGGAGGUGAUCAAGGACGACAUCUGGCCGAACCCACUGCAGUACUACCUGGUUCCUGACAUGGAUGACGAAGAGGGGGAAGGCGAGGACGACGAAGAGGACGAGGAGGGUCUGGAGGACAUAGACGAGGAGGGAGAUGAAGACGGAGAGGAGGAUGAAGAAGACGACGGAGAAGACGGAGAGGAUGACGAGGGAGAAGACGACUAAGAAAUAACAUCACCUACCAAGACCCUCAACCUUCUAUUCCCUGUUUGGUUUUCCACUCAUGUUCGGGAGCAAAGGUUUUAUUUUUUUUGUUGUUUUUUUUUUUUUUUUUUUUUUUUUUAAUCCGUGUGUGCUUCGUUAUCCAUUCUGAAGCCUCUUUCACCUGUUGGUGCCAUGUUAUGUUCUCCUUUGACUCAUCCUUAAGGUCAAUGGCACUUUGCCCCCUGAAUUGUGAGUACCAUCCCCGAAAGUCAUCUCAAAAAAGUAAUAAUAAAUAAAUACAACAAAAAAAAUGUCUUGAAAACAAAAAAAACCCCAAAAAAUAGAAUCAGCACAGCAUCCUGAGUAGAAUUUGAAGACAAGUCACACAGAAAUUUCUCUCCUGUUCAAGGUUGUGUGGUAAAAUUUGACUAAAGCCAUGGUGUAGUGACCUAGCGCUAGCAGACCUCUCAAUAUUUUCUUCCCUGUAUAAUUUUUUUUUUUUCUCAGUUGGGACGUUGAACCCUUAAAGUUAUUUUCCCCCCAUGUGGUUAACGAGUACCAGCUCAUUCCUUUGACUUGUAAUGUUUCGGGGUAGGGGGGUGGGCUAAGCUGGGGAGGGGCAGGAGUACGGCGGUUAUUGGGGAGAGUGGUUAUUUUGACACCAUUUCUAUGGGACUUUUUUUUUCAUUGUAUUGUUUUACAGAUAUCCAUGAGAUUUGAAAUGACAUUUUUAAUAAAGAACAAAAUGGAAAAAAAAAGCUUGUAAAUUUUGGCCCCCCACUGCUUCAUGGGUUAAACAAAAAGGAAAAAAACAAAUAAAUAUUAAAAAAAGAGACUUGUUAUCUCAUAGAAUUUACAUUUAAUCACACCUUUCCUGUUCCGCUUGGGUGGAGGGGAGGGGGAAGAAAAACUGUUUUAAAUUUGAGGUGUACAACUUGCUUUGUUACAAUAAUAAAACUUACUGUGUA